UUCCCUGUGACGACACUCGGCAGAGCACUCGCAUGAGUUAUCGGUCAGUAGCAGCAGAACAAAAUGGCGCAAAAUAACUUUGCAUUUAUUGCUUUGUUGGUUGUAACGUCAACAGUUAUAUUGGCUAGUGCUGAUGAACAAACGAAAACUGUGGAAUUCAACGUAAAACCCGGCGGAAUGGUGCACACGUUCUCUGAGAAAAUGAGAGAAUAUGAAUGUUCAUUCACGUAUGCAUCACAAGGGGGAACCAACGAGCAAUGGCUGAUGAGUGUGGGCCUGAGCGACGAAGACAGUCUGUUCUCCUGCUCUUUGUGGAGACCCCAAGGGAAGUCCUACCUGUUUUUCACACAGUUCAAGGCUGAGCUGAAAGGAGCAAAGAUUGAGUAUGCCAAUGCAUAUUCCCAGACUGUUGCGGGGGGACAGAGGGAUGUGACUUUGAAGGAAGAUGAAUUCACUGUGGGGGAUUCUACAGUGACCCACAAAGAUGGGAAGUUCCGCGCUGAGCUCUCCAAACUGACUAUUAUUGGCCGGACACGACGCGAUGAGCUUUGAUUGGCUGGAAAUCCGAAUGACUGUUGUAAUAUCAUCAAAUGGUGACAUCCAGGCGUGCUCUCAAGGCAGGCCAUUGUGCUCUAAUGUCGACAACAGUGGCAAUUGAAGGACGAUAUUCAAGCACGAAGGACGAUACAGUAAUGAGUGACAGCCUUAGACCUUGGUGGUCUACAAAUAUGCUGUUGAAUAAAUCUAUUGUUUUUUAUUUGGAGUAUUAUGGCUUUACAUGGAAAAUUCAUUAUGUUCCAUACUGUAUGAGAAUGCAUAUUGGGAUGUCUGAUCUUAACGGGUGUAGAGAGAUAUAGGUUCAGAGGAUUUAUUGGUCUUAUGCUAAGCCAGGGAAAUGUGAGUAAUCAUUUGUCUUCAUCGUGUGCACGUUAAGAUAUAUACGUUUUUCCAAUCUGCUUAUUCUCUAAGCAAGUGAAUGGUUAGUACAGAUAAUGUAGAGCAUGGAGCCCCAGUUUCUAUGUUCUUUUGAUCUAGAUAGAGCACCUGAUUCAACCAACCAAUCAUCAUUCAAUGCAGUUGAUUUAGUUUUUCUCCCUCCUCUCUCACUCCUACCAACAGUCUUAAUGAAGCUAGGUGGAGCUUUAGAACAGAUGCUUAUUUGGCCUACCAGGAUUAGAGACAUAUUGCCUUGAUGUAGAGGAUAGUUAGCUUUCCAGCACAUACCAGGUUCAUCCCUGUCUGUCUAGAGGAGGCCCUCACUCAGCGUUGAUAGUGGAGUCCCUUGGCUCCCAAAAGGAAAUACCACCGGGCACUUGUUUUUUUUAUAUUUUAUUUUCUACUCCUUGGAUUUCUAAAUCACAAUGUGCAACUGAUGCUCCAAUAAAAGUCAUAUUGUCUGGGAA